UCGCCGUGGGCAUACAGCUAAAACUAGAAUUGUUGUAUUUACCUAUACAUAGCUGUGUAUUUGCCCCUACUAAUAAUGGCGGCUUCCGUUUCAGGACUUUCGACAGCGAAUCACAGUGUGUUUUGUUGGAGCGCCAUCCCACAGUAGCUAUGGUGGGUAUCGGUCUACUCAGGUCUGCUUCUGCCAUCGCUGCCAGACUCAGUCCACUGAAAUCUGGCAAUGCGGUGACAAAUUUACUGGCUCGAACAAUACCGCGUACGGAAAAAGUGGCUGUCCGUUGGGGUCAUGGGAAGAAAAUGUUUGUCAUCAAACCAACUGAGUUCUAUGACAAGCGAUUUUUGCGUCUCCUGCAAUAUUACAUCCUGCUGACCGGUAUUCCAGUGGCUGUAAUUGUCACAUCUGUAAAUCUCUUCAUUGGUGAAGCGGAGCUGGCGGAAACCCCCAAGGGCUAUGAACCUGAGCACUGGGAAUACUACAAGCACCCGAUCACUAGGUGGAUUUCUCGGACCUUCUAUGACUCCCCAGUGAAGGACUAUGAAAAGAUGAUGGCUGCGAUCCAAAUAGAAAAAGAGAAGGCAGACAUGAGGCUGGCACAGCUGGAAGUGCGCAGACACAUGAGGCAGAGAGGAGACGGCCCCUGGUUCCAGGUGGAAACCCUCAACAAGGAGCUCGUCGACUCCAGCCCCAAAGCAACACCUGAUAACUAAACCAGACCGUUGUCAGUACGUUGAGCUGGUCUAGCUCGCUGUUUGUACAUUCACGCCUCCUUCAUGCUUAAAUAAAAUAUCUAUGUGUA